AUGUUUUUCAACUCAGAUACCACAUCUGUAUUUUCAAGAUAUCCUUCAGAGUUUGUAAAUGUAACAGAUUCACCUUAUUAGGAUUGUUAUGGUGAUGGGUAUUUAGAACCAUAUGAUCCAAGAUGCAGACCAUGGUAUACUUAUGCAAAGGAUAAUGAAGGUUAUUUCUUUUAUGAACCUUAUAAAGACUUAGUCAAAAACAAUUUAGUGAUGACUUUAUCUAGCUAGGUGAAAAUUGGUUAGAAUUUUUAAUCUGUAAAUAGCAUAGCUUUUGAUAUUAGUGAUCUCAUUUAGAUAUUUGUUGGCUCUUAAAAUUAAUAUUCUGUUGUAUUUCAUGAAUUCAAUAAUACUAUUUUUCAUCACCCUUAGCUCAAUGAAAAUAGUGUUAUAUCAUGGUAAGAAUUGGAAUUUUAAAAUAUAACGGAAAGCUGCUUAACAGAAAUAGAUUUAGAAAAGUAAGAAUUUAGAUUAACUAUAUCAAUAUUGGUCAAAAUUUGGAGUCAAAAAAGUUAGUUUGGUCUUUCCAUUAGUGAGUAAAAUUUCUAAAUAUAAAACACAGUAGCCAUACUCUUUCUCAAUAAUAUUGACAGCUAUGGUUAUUGA